GCCACAGUGAUUUUAGAAAGAGUUUGGGAAGCGCGAGCUGUCACACGGGGCGGCGAGUCUGGGAUUGCGGAGCAUCGCGCGAUGUAUCGUCUGACGUGAAUAACGGGCUUUUGACACUUGAAACGUCUCGAUCGAGGGAAAAAAUUCCGAUGCCUAUCUUGUCCGGAUACUGCGCGUUGCAACAAGUGGAAUUUUGGUGCGCAAGCCACGAUCCAGUUGUCCCAGUCAUGGAGGAUCAAAAGGAUCAAAACAGUCGCGAUUCGACCGAGUCCGACAGCGUCUCGCUCUCACCCAACAUACCGUCUCCUCCAAUUUUACCUCACCAGGCAGCGCAGCAGGUCCACAGAACCACGAACUUUUUCAUCGACAAUAUUUUAAGGCCAGACUUCGGCUGUAAGAAAGAGCUUGGGAAUAGGGACCGAGCGCAAACCUCGGGUCGGGAGAACGUUAACCCUAUGGUGAUAAGGCCGUCGCAUACUAGCAACCUAUGCCAGGAUUCAAACUGUAGCAGUGACAGCACUUCUUCUUCUUCGUCAUCGUCGUCUUCGCCAUCCUCAAAGCAGAGCCCAUCAAAGCGUGUCGAAGGGAAUGGAACUAGCAGGUACGGGGAGAAUACGACGGUAAUGGUGAACGCAAACGGGGGAACUCCAGCAGCUAAAGAAUCCCAACCUUUACUAUGGCCUGCCUGGGUUUACUGCACCAGGUACUCGGACAGACCUUCAUCUGGCCCAAGGACACGAAAAUUGAAAAAGAAGAAAAGCGAGAAGGAAGACAAGCGACCGAGAACCGCUUUCACGGCCGAGCAGCUACAGAGACUGAAAGCCGAGUUUCAGGCCAAUCGGUACAUAACGGAGCAGCGGAGACAGUCGCUGGCCCAGGAACUGAACCUUAAUGAGUCGCAAAUCAAAAUAUGGUUCCAAAAUAAGAGGGCCAAAAUCAAAAAGGCCACUGGUUAUAAGAACGGCCUUGCUCUUCAGCUCAUGGCUCAAGGACUUUACAACCAUUCCACGACCACAGUUCAAGACGAAAACAUUGACAGCGAGUGAAAACGACAAAUGGACGCUGACCAUGAGAAAAGUGAUUUUUUUCAUAUUUUUUAUGAAUGAAACUUUAAAGGAAACGAAUGCUUCGAAUUCUGCGAAUCGAAGAUGCGCUAUUUAAACACAUUUCUGUUUAUCAAACCUAUAUGGACAUGCAUCUAAAUACGAACACUAUGAGAAUUUAUAUAUAGCCAAAAGUGUAAGAUGUGUAUAUUUAAUUCCAGGUAAGGGGAUUGUCUAUAUUGCUCCUUACCUGCUGAAUAUUUUUAACGUUUCUCUCCUUUCCCAAUGUGGUUGCUCACCGUUCCAGUAGGCCUAUACGUGUCAGGCUUGUUAGAGUUUUUGUGAUAGCCCUGUCUCUUAAAUCCCUUAUCUCACAGUUCUUCAAAUGCGUGACUGAACCAACGCUUCAAGCCAAAGAUUUUAAUAUGUUCAGAUUAUGGUGUCUGAAAUAAAAAGGUAGAAUAUG